AUGGAUAAUCAAGAAUUACGUACAUUAAUAACGUUGUGUGGUGGCCAUACGUGCUCAUCAUUACGUACAGAUCAAGUAACACGAUGGACAGCACAAGGUAAAAUGAUUGUUUUUCUUUUUGAACAAUCAUAUGUUCAAGA